CGAUAUCGACCAUCUGAUCAAAAAGAGGUGUUCGUUGUCGGCACGCGACACGCACACGACCUACACCAGGUCUUGGUCGUCUUUUGAAGCCCCAACAUUUCGUACUUCCUUAUUUUGUCGUAACGUGUCUAAAACUACCAUCCUAUUCCCUUUCGCAAGACCUUUUUGUAAAGAAUAGAAGCCGACAGUGAAACGUGAAACGCAAAUGAUUGCCUUUCGUUCAACGGCGGAGCUGUUAACGACCCCGACCGAAGAAGAAGAAGUAAUAAACCAAAGUCAUUACGAGGUGUCGAUAAAUAAUAUUUAGUGAAAGACCAAGAUUGGGAAGUACUUGACAGUGCGUGAAUGGAAGCCGCGUGGUGGUAGCAAAUAUUUGAGUGUUUGAAUUUAUUAAACGUGUCCCGAGUUCAAAAUUAAUGAUAUUAAAUCACGUGUUACCAUGAACGUGGCAAAGAAUUAUUAUGGUUAUCAGGAUUUGAUCGAUACCGGUCAUCAAGAAUGUUUAAACAACAACCAAUUAAAACCACCAAGAUCGACAUUACAUUUUCAAAAUUAUCACCAUACAGAAAAUUAUUCACCAUUCACUUUUAUCAAAUAUGAAAAGAAUAUUGGAGAUUACAACGAUGGAUACAGCGACGAACAUGAAAUUUAUUCAGAAAAAGUAUGCGAAGUAAAAUCAUUUGAAAUAGUUGCAAGUGAUUUAAGUCAAAGUACUCUAUCGGAUGCCGGAUUUGAUUAUUAUGAUUUAAAUCCAUCACCUGUAGGAUUAGAUUUUCGAGGUAAAUCAAUAAUUGGUAAACCAGAAAAAUCGGUGGGUGGGAUUCGGCGUAGUAAUAGAAGAAAAAAUGUUUUAAGAGACGGCCCUCCAUCACCGACAGUUAUGAAGAAACGUAGAUUGGCGGCGAACGCGCGCGAACGGCGGAGAAUGAACGGUCUCAACGAAGCUUUCGACCGGUUAAGGCAGGUGAUACCUAACUUAAAAUCGGAACAAAAAUUAAGUAAGUUUGAAACGCUUCAAAUGGCCCAAACUUAUAUCGUUGCAUUAAGAGAUCUUUUAAAAAAUGAUAGUGCUAAUAGAUAAUAUUAAUUUAUUAUAUUUAUAUUUAUAUUCGAUUUUAUUGUAAUAACGGUUUUGUAUGUUUUAAAAUGAUAGCAAAUGCUGUUCCUACCAAAAGCCAAAUUGUUAAAAUUAUUAAUUAUAGAGAAGUGUAUUAUAUAAUUAGUUCAUUAUUGAGAACAUAGAAAUGGUAAGCGAUACAAAGUAGAUUAAUUAGACAAAAUAAUUCUUUUUUAGUACGAGUAAUGCUAUUGAAAUAAAUAAACUCGUUUAAUCAGUUUUGAUCAUAACUUAGGGAUAUUAGAAAAAACUGUAAGAAAUAAGUUGCAGGAAUGAAAAUAACGUUGCAGUAUCAAUUUAAGAAAAAGGUUGUUUUACUUACAAUUAGCUAACUUCACUAUUGUUUACCAGAUAAUGACCUUAAAGUCUUCUUUUAGUGAUUAACUGUUUCUCUUCUGCAGAUCGCUUUUUGUCUAAUUUGUCCAAAUCUACUUUAGUAUCUCUGCCACAUCAAAGAUUGAGGAGAUAAUCUGGAAUAAUUAUACAAUAUAAAUUAGAAUUUAAGAAAUAGUAAAAGAAAUGAGUACAAAUUUACUACAAGUUUCAAUUUGAAAGUAAGAAAUUGAUAGUGAUCUCAAGAUAUUAUUAUAAUUAUUAUUUAUUACUUAAUGUAUUAUCAAUAUUAUUUAACUGACUGCAAUCUCAAUAAAGUAAAUCACAAAUAUAUCAUAAAUGAUAUAAAUAAUGAAUACAUUA